AUGCUUCCAUCGAGCUUCUCGUCCCCCACUGCCGGUAGUGGCGAUAACACUGAUGACGCGACAAGCACACACAUGCACGUACAUACGGUGGUCAUCAACCUCGACGACGCAGACCGCAUCGCUGCAGGUGCCAAUGUGGGGAUGGUGAACGUCUUAUCUGCCGUUCCAGCGACGGUAUCAGCCGUGAUGACCGCAGCGAUGGAUCUAUCUGACUUGCCAGGACUGGUCGACCUGGUCAGUGACACAACACCUGCCAACAACGCCGCACGCGAGUGGAAUGCACGCAGUUGUUCCCCCUUUGCCCCAGAGGAAGUAAUUUCCACCUUUGACAUCGUGCAGCCACCGCCACCCUCUCCAUUAACUGCCACCGCUUUCACCAGCGGUGGUGGGACUGAGUGGGCGGACACAACUGCGAGCGCGUCCCCGCCACUGUCGGCGCCAGAGGUAAAGGAGUGCGCCAUUUGCCUGGAACCGCUGUUUCGUAUGUCAGUGAGGCGUGUUGCACCAGGGAACGGCGAAAACUUGCCGAACUCUGCCCCGUACCGUUCCAACCUCUCCGCCGCUGACCGCGAGGCACCAGCACCGCCGUCCCAGGCGCCUCCCUCCCACCCGCCCAUCCCUUCCUUGCCGCUCUCUGUGGCCCCUCCCGAUGCUGCCGCAUCUUCCGACGCAACCCAGCCACCAGCACGCGACAUUGUGGCCGAGGCCGCAAUGGAUGUGAAAACAGUGCGGGAGGUGUACUGCGGCCAUCGCUUUCACGAGCCGUGUAUUCUACGCUGGAUCACGCUGGGACACUACUUAUGUCCGCUCUGUCGAUCUCCCUUCGUGUUUGAAUGA